AUGCUCAGACUGACCUCGACCCGGACCGGUUCCCGCGUGCUCCGCCGGGCGCUUGCGACCCAGGCGUCUCCCGUGGAGAUCUCCAAGCUUCUGAACGGCGUCACCGUGGUCACCGACCCCACCCCGGGGCAUUUCACCGCCCUCGGCGCCUACGUCAACGCCGGCAGUCGCUACGAAGACCCCCAGCGGUCGGGGCUCUCCCACAUCUGGGACCGCUUAGCGUGGAAACUGACGACUAAGACCCUGGGCAAACAAAUGCUUGAAAACCUUUCGAAAUUGGGGGGCAACUUCAUGUGUCUGGCCCAGAGAGAGCUGAUGUUCUACCAGGCGCUGGUGUUCAACCACGACGCCGAUAAGAUGUUUGCGGCGAUUGCCCAGACCGUGCGAGACCCUCUCGUCACCGAUGAAGAGCUUGUGGAGACCCUCCAGACUGUGGACUACGAAGGCGGCGAGUUGGCGGCUAAGCACGAAACUUUACUUCCUGAGGUGCUCCACGCCGCUGCUUACCACGAAAACACCCUUGGGUUGCCGUUAUACUGUCCCCAUGAACGUAUCCCCGAAAUCGGCCGGGCUGAAGUGAUGGCUUACCACCAAAAGUUCUACCAGCCUUACAACAUCACGGUGGCGAUGGUGGGUAUCGACCACGCCGACGCCGUCAAGCUUGCCGAGUCUCAGUUUGGCGACUGGAAGGCGACGGCCGAACACUUCGCUUCUCCUGAAAUCAACUAUACUGGUGGCGAGAUCGCUCUUCCCUUCCAGCCUCCGUUAUACGCUAACUUGCCCGAGUUAGUCCACAUGCAAAUCGGGUUUGAAACCGGUGGGUUACUCGACGAGGACUUGUACGCGUUGGCUACGCUUCAGAAGCUCCUUGGCGGCGGUCUGUCGUUUUCUGCUGGUGGUCCCGGUAAGGGAAUGUUCCUGCGGCUCUACACCAGAGUGUUGAACCAGUACGGGUUUGUCGAAAACUGCCAGGCGUUCAACCACUCGUACAUCGGCCUGGGUCUCUUUGGGAUCACACUCUCGUGCUCUCCCAACGCCGCCCAUAUUAUGUCGCAAAUCAUCUGCUUUGAGCUUGCCGCUCUCCUCGAGAAGGACGCCAAGAAGGGUGCCCUCAACCAACGCGAGGUUCUGCGGGCUAAAAACCAGCUCAAGUCGCUGUUGCUCAUGAGCUUCGAGCUGAGACUCGCCAGACUUGAAGAUAUGGGUCGUCAGGUGCAAUGCCACGGCAAGGUGACCCCCGUCGACGAAAUGAUCGAGAAGAUCGAGCAACUCACUAUUGCCGACUUGCAAAGAGUGGCGGAGAAGGUGUUGACCGGUAAGGUCGUCACUAACCACACCAGCUCAGGUAUUCCUGCGGUGGCCAUGCAAGGCAACCGUGGCGAGUUUGGUGAUGUCGAAUUCAUCUUGCAACACUUUGGCUUGGGCCAGCGGUCGGGCCCCGUCUUGACUCAGCCGCGAGACUUUACUCAACCGGAACCCGCCAAGCGUCUGUGGUUCCGCUAA